UACGAACUGGUUUGUGAAUGUGUACAGCAAAAACUUACUUUGGUCAGAACUAUGGCUAAGUGAAAGUAAAAGAGCAGUAAAACUAAACCUCGGUUAGAUGUAGUCACACUGCUCAUUCUGACUCAGUUCUCAAUGGUUAUCACUGCCUAACACCUGCUGCAUUAUUAACGUUAUAUUAUUUUACAGCUACUUUUCUACUUCAUGAGAAAAUGUAUUGUGCCUUGAUGUUACUCACAACUGUGAUCUUUUCUGUAUCAGCUUUUAUAUGUGCAGAGCACCAGGUAAACACUACCACUGUUAAAGGCGAAGCUACUAUUCUCUUCUGUGAGUCAGACCUGAACAAUGAAACUUUAACGCUCACAUGGACUAAAGAUAAUCACACUUUGCAGCCGAGCCCACGCAUCAGAAUUCAAGGCCAAUUAUUGUGGCUUUUGAACACUACAUUGUCCGAUGGUGGUCUUUACGUAUGCCUCAGCACCAACUCAACCUUCAGCAUGGAAUCACGAACAUUACUUGAUGUCAAGGAUGGACUUUGUCCAUAUUUCGAAAACAUUAAGUUGAUACUGGAGGAAGACAACUUCACCAUUUCCUGUAAUGAUGAAGUAAUUCCAGUUCUGGGCCAGAUAAUGGAAGUGCAGUGGUGGAAGGACUGCAAGUCAACAGGCAAACAAGGUAUCGACUUCAAUCUUUAUAAUGUGUCCAUGAGCGAUGAAGGCAACUACACAUGUAAGGUCAUCUUUAGAUAUGAAGAUAUAAACUACACAGCAUCUUACCCAUUUCAGGUCACAGUAAUAAAGAAAGAACCCGUAAAGAAGCCUCGGGUAUUACAACCUCGUAACAAAACACUGCACGUCAAGCCAGGGGAGGAAUUAAAACUGGAGUGCACUGUGUUCAUUGGUAUUGGAGAGGAAACAAAGGAGGAAACCAAUAUAUACUGGAUGAUAAAUGACAAUUUUAUCGAAGCAUACCCAGAGCUCAAGGAGUCCUUAAUUAUAGAGACAAGAGAGAAUGUGUCGGUAUUUGGCCAUUCAACACUGUCCAUUUCCAAAGUUUUGCCUGAAUUCUUUGGAGUACCUUUUCAGUGCACCGUUUUAAAUCCCAGUGGAGGGGACAUGGGCUUGGUGUGGCUCAGCCAAGAUGAUAACACCAUCCAUUCAUGGCUGAUUAUUGUUUCGCUCCUGAUAUCAGUAACUGUUGUAGGUGCUGUCCUACUGAUAGUCUUUAAAAUAGAUCUAAUUCUAGCGUAUCGUCUUCAUUGUGGAAAAAACAAAACCCCUCAAGAGGAAAGACCAUACAAUGCGUAUGUGUUGUAUCUCCAAUGCAAAUGUCCUGGAUCGUCUUCAGCUGAGGACUUGGCUCUGAGGAUUUUACCUAAGAUGUUGGAGCAGCAGCAUCACCUCAAACUGUUCAUACAAGGCCGUGACACAGAGACAGAAGUGGGUGUCACCAACAUAAGUGAUGUUCUGAGCCAGAGCAAGGUGGUGGUGCUCAUCCUUCCAGGCAAUGAUGGAGAAGAGAAUUUGAUUCCAUUAAAUCAAGGUCAAAACAGGCUUGAAGAAUCACAACUCGCGGGCCUUUUUUCUGACAUCACCUCCUCCGGCGUUCCACUUCUUCUCGUGAAAGUGGGGAAAAUGCUGAUUAUUCUCUGAUGCCGGAGUCAAUCCAGUCCAUCAUUAAAAAGGACAGAGUGCUGAAGUGGAAGCCAACAGUGCAACCCAAUGGUCAUUUCUGGAAGAAGCUCAGAUAUCACAUGACCUGAGAGCAUGUCUCUGUAUAUCACCAUGCAAUAAUAAUAAUAAUAAUAUUAAUAAUAAUAAUAAUAAUAAUAACAACUAAGUACACAGCUUUACAGAAUUAUGCAGUUCUAAUAUACUUAAGCAUCGUCUAAACAAUACUUUUCACCAUGAUUUUUGCAGUGCACGUGUAAUUUUAUAUGUUGUAAUUAUACUGUUAUUAUACGAUACAGUCUUUCUGUAGUUCCACCUCCAAUAGCCAUAAGAAUCUAAACCAGAAAUAAAUUCAGUGUAGACCAAGAAUUUAGGAAAUGAAGACCUAGAAAUAUAAACCACUUUUACUUCCUUCUUUUACUCCCUUUACUUCUUUAUAACAAAACAGAUGUCAGAGCUCUUUUGUGUACCGUUAAACACAUUUAUUAUAGACAUAUCGUAUACAUAGACGUGUGCUCCUGUGCUCCAGGGCUGCUGUAUCAUCUCUGACCCCAGCUUCUGAGAUGAUACAGCAGCCCUGGAGCACAGAGGGUUAAGGGCCUUGCUCAAGGGCCCAAGAGUGGCAGCUUGGCGAUACCUUCCGAUCAGUAACCCAGCACCUCAACCUCUGAGCUACCACAUGGCUUACUGAAUGGUUUUAGAGAUUUAAAGUUCACGUGAAUUAAUAAAGGGUUUGGAACAGAUAUCAGUAAGAUUUGGUAAGAGUUCACUAUUAUAUAGGAUUACUCACUUUAGCCCUUUCCCCCAUUUUUUAGAUGAUUGGUAACUCUAGAAAAACAAGACAGAAUGCAACAACAACAUGUAAAACCUUGAGGUAGAACAGUAGAUUCAAGUUCACAAAUGAUGUUUUGGAAAGGAAUUUGAAAAAGUCCAGACUAUAUUUUGUUUCGGCUGCUUUUUUAAUGAUUCCAUGACCACUGUUGUCUCACAUUCUUGAUGGGCAGAUUUUCUAUAACCUAUAAUAUUAAUAAUAAUAAUUAACAUGGUAAUGCAUCAGGUAAUGGUGCUGCUUCUCAUCUCUACAGUUUCACCCUGAGCUCUGGUUACCGUCUGUGAGUUUCUCUGCAAGUUCACAUGGUUUCUCCAGGUUCUCCGGUUCCUGAAAACCUGCUGGUGGAUUGGCAAUGUUAAAUAGACUGCUGAAUGAGCAUGCAAAUGUGUGCAUGCCCUGCAAUGGACUAGCAUCCCAUUCUGUCUGUGUUCCCACCUCAUACCAAUUACAUCUGGGAUCAGCUUUGAAUUCUCAACCCCCUGAAUCAGAAUAACACAAUAAAUAAACCUUGAUGUUAUCUA